UUUACGCUAGCUAGCUUGACUCAGCUGAGUUUACGUAACGGCACAUCUGCUGUUAUGAAACUGAGUUCUGCUGUCAGGUCACGUGUCACAGACAGAUGAGGGGACGGUUGCUGACAGCAUCACUUUCACUGAAAGAAAUCUUCCAUCAUGCAGUUGGAGGCGCAGCUGCGUCUAUGUCAGAGUUGUCUUUGGUGCUGCAAGAGUGGGCUGCGUCUGCUCUCCCAGAGCUAUGUACACAGAAAAGCUAUGAACUACUACGACCUCCUGGGAGUCAAAUCAGAUGCCUCCUUGGAGGAAAUUAAAAAUGCAUUUUUUGACAAAUCUAAGAAGCUGCACCCAGACAGCGACCCAUCCAACCCAGCGCUGCACAGCCAGUUCGUAAAGCUGAACGAGGCCUACCGAGUGCUGAGCAAAGACCUGAGCAGGAAGGAGUACGACUUCAAAAUCAGGCAUGCUUACAGUGGGGACCAGGCCUUCAGAUCUACCUCCAGCUACAGAGCCAGUACGGAUACCCAGGAGAGCAUGCGGUACUGGGAGCAGUUUCGUCAGUCUCAUGCACAGGAGUCGACGCCGGAGGAGUGGCAGAGGAGGAGGAGGAGGAACUUCCGCCUGGUGGGCUACUGCGUCAUCGCUAUAGUGCUCAGCGUCGGAGCCCACGUAGUCUUCUUCAGGAAACUGGAAGAAGUUCACAAUAACUUCAUGGACGAGAAAGAUCGAGUCAUCACAGAAAUUUACAAUGAAUCCAAAGAGAGGGCCAGGAUCAACGGUUUUAAGAAACAGACAGAAAUCCUGCGGCAGAAACAUGCUGAGUUUCUGGAGAAAUACAAAAUCCACAACAGUGGAGAGGACAAGUAGCAGAGUCUCCAGCUGUGCUCAGUGAUGAUGGAGUUUGAACUGCCAGCAGGUGGAAGAUUGGCGGCAGACUGAAUGUGGUACAAGUUUUAGGAUUUUAAAGUUUUUCUUGACCUAUUUAAACUAAACAUGUUGAUGUACCCGGGUUUGUCUUCAGCAUCACAACUGAGGACCUGAAGACGCACCGAACAUGUGUGUGUUUACGUGGGAGGGUUUCAUCUGGUCAUACGAGUGUUUCUUCAGGACCAAGCUGAUCUGUAGAUCAGAAAUCAGAAUAGAUCUGAAUCAGACUGGACUGGCCCGUUGAAGCGUGUAUAGUUGGUAGAAUAUUUGAAGUGAUGUGGCCGUCAGAAGGAUCCAGCUACAGUACGUACACAAACCUCUCGGAGCCAUAACGAACACCGCAAACCUCUAUUGAACUCACUCAACUCAGCCUCAGUUCUGUGUUUGCGGUUCACAGCAUGCGGCGCUCACAGAUAACAGUGAAUCAACGCCGUCAAGACGAGACAGACUAACUGUAAUGCCAAGAUGUUUCUUGCUGAAACUUAAAUUGAUUAAAAUCAUAUCUCUCAGGUUGCAUAAGAGGACGCUGUGUAAUGUUCUCUCAGGUUUGAUGAGCCUCUUCAGGGGGAUGAUUGAGGAGUUUGCAGUAUAACAAAGUUAAUAGUUUCAGUAAUAAUGGUUUUCCAAGUGUUUGAAACGUGCUACUAUGCCUGUUUGCUCUUCACAGUUAUGGAUCUUAACUCCUCAUUGUUCCCUCUGUUGAGCCUGUGUGUUACUGUAGAAAUGCAACUCUGGCAUUUCCAGCCAGCGUAUAAUAAAAGGUCGUCCAUUCGUUAGAAAUGGAAUCUAAAAAAGAUCAUUAUUAUGAUUUGAAAAGACUGGCACUGAGUAAUUUAUUCAAAUUAUUGUAAUGAUAUUGAGACUAUGAAAAUGUGCAUAUUGAAUGGAAAGAUGGUUCAUAAUUACGGUUGAAAGUUCAACCUCCAGAGACAACAUUUACCAUUCUGCCUCUCAGUUUUUAGAUAUUAGAGAUCCUUGUUGUUUUUCUGUUUUUGACUGCCUUACCACUUCCCCGAAGGGAUGUCAGAGAGAAAUGAUUAAAAGAUCAACUUUUUCUCAUCAA